AUGGAUGGAGAAAGAGCACGUGAUUUCUUCUCCGCCUGGUCUGUUUGUGUGGCAGCUCCUCAUCCCCUCCUCAUCCCCUCCUCAUCCCCUUGUGUGUUUCAGAUUAACCUACGUCUCAUCCUGGUCAGUGGGAAGACGAAAGAGUUCCUGUUCUCCCCCAACGACUCGGCCGCAGACAUCGCCAAACACGUUUACGACAACUGGCCAAUGGACUGGGAGGAGGAACAGGUUAGCAGUCCUAACAUCCUGAGGCUAAUCUACCAGGGCCGCUUUCUACAUGGAAACGUCACGCUAGGAGCUCUCAAAUUACCCUUGGGAAAAUCCACAGUGAUGCAUUUAGUUGCCAGAGAGACGUUACCUGAGCCAAACUCCCAAGGUCAGAGAAACAGAGAGAAGACAGGAGAGAGUAACUGCUGUGUCAUCCUGUAAAUACCCACCUCCCUCUUUAAUCAUCCCCCCAUCCAUCCACCCCAUCACGCCAUCCUGGAUCCAACCAACACACUGGCUGUCCUGUCCUGCAGUCUCUCUAUCAUGCUGCCACACACACACACACACACACACACACACACACACACACACACACACACACACACACACACACACACACACACACACACACACACACACACACACACACACACGGUCUCCUGUGUGUAGAGAGGUUUCCCCCUCUAUCACUUCUGUCCUUAAAUCUUCCACUAGUUCAUGGACUACUACUAACUAACUACUACUAACUAACUACUAACUACUACUAAACUACUGUUUUAUUACCUCACCAAGGUCCCAACCAAUGACUGACUAACAAACAAACAAACAAACCAACGGCCAUAAUAACAUUUCGACUGUGUUUUGACAGUCAGUCCUAUCCUCCUCCUGUCAGAUCGCUCAUCCUUCCUGAACUAGGAGAAGAAAGACAGAAUAUCCCUCCAUCUUCCCUUUUCUCCCUGAACGAGGGGAAAGAAAGACAGAAUAUCCCUCCGUCUUCCCUUUUCUCCCUGAACGAGGGGAAAGACAGACAGAAUAUCCCUCCCUCCUCUCUUUUGUACGACCAAAGUGUAGGGUGCCAAUCAAAUACGCCUCUUUUAACCAUCGGGUAAAAGAAUAUGUUACUUGUGUAGAUAAUCCUCUAAGAUAACCAAUAGUCCAGACCUCAUGUCUCUAUCACGAUCCUUUUCAAUGAUAUUGGACUUUUUUUUUUACCAUAGUAGGAUGGUCAGAAUUAGUGUGACUAAAAUCAACAGAGGCCAGAGAAACAAAAGGGGUAAAAAAAAAUCACGAAAAUGUCACAAAAUGGCGUCAGCUAGGCUAGAUGCUGUCUGACAAUGAAGGAUACCUGACAGGCUCACUUUUCCCCUUGAACUCAUCUUUUCUUUCCAAUCCGCAGGACAUAAAAACAAUAUAGAAGUAAGAUAGAUAUCGUUUUUUUUAGACAUGACAUGUAGUAUUUUCAUAUUUUAGUGUACGCUUUUCAUAUUCAUUCAAAAUUUAUCUUCUUUAAAAAAAAAAGAUUUUUCACAAAACCAAACGAGUCUCUGAAAUGUCAACGGAGCACUUGGGUGUAUACCAAGCUUUUUAUUUAUUACUUUCAAAUCUUUUUUUUUUUACAUUUAAUUCAGCUCGUGUCACGUCUAAUUUCGUUUUUUCUCGACCUAUAGAAACAACUUGGUAGACCACAACGACCACAACAUUUUAAAUCCUCAAAAGUUGUUACGAGAAACCUUGCACCUCUAUGUCGACAGAGUGCUUAUUAUCGGAUGGAUUAGGCUACGAAAUCAGACUUUAAAAUAUAUAUAUAUAUCUAAUGAGCGAUUCAGAACAUGAAUAAUCAUAUUUGUCUUGGUAAUUUGUAUUUUAUAACAUAAGGAAGUGAAAUGGCAUGACCAAAGCGAAUUAGGACACUCUUCCUAGGGUAGUUAUCAGUCUUGAACUCUACGAUAAGGUAAAGAAAUCAAUCUGGAAUAAAGUCUCCUUUUCUUACAAAUCUCCCUCCUCUCUUCUUCAGCCAUUUUUUUUUGCACAACACUGAACGCAUGUGACCCGCCAUCCCCCCGCCCCCUUAACCUCUGACCCCCCUCUCCCGCCACCACCUAUCCCCCCCGCCCACCACAUCAAAGACCUGUAAAAAGAAAAUGUUAUUCUAUUUUAUAUUUUUCCAAUGGGAAUAAUAUAAAAAAAAAUAUAUAAAAAUAAGUUACCAUAUGUGUAGAAUAUAUUUAAUAUGAAUGUUAUAUUGAACAAGUUGAGGCCUAUAGAUCCAGUAUGUUGAUACAGUAUCUUAGUGUCUGUGUGUACACCACGGGUUAGCUAGCUAGCUUUCUAGACAGUGGUUAAAACCGUUACCUUGGUGACAGGGUCUGCGUCCCGCCCCCCUCCCCUCCGAUUGGCUCCCGUUUUCCAUAUUAUAGUGCACUACUUUCGACCGUGGCCCAUAGAACCUGUGAUAGGCUAGCGUCCUGUCCAGGGGGUGUACUUGUACAUCAAGCUACCUCACGCUCCUCCUGUCUUAUGGGCUUUUCUAGCUCAGACAAGGCUACUUACUGACAUAGGGCCGGGGUCCAAAGUAGUGCACUAUUUAGGGGAAAUAAGGUGCCAAUUUAGGACGCAGCCAACGUAUUGUAUUUCAAGCAGCAGAACAGAACCAUCCUCCUAAUCAUUAACAUACAGAACUAUUGUAAACAUGUUAUACUGCUCUUUUGAUUGUCUGUUUUUUAAAUUUUAUUUAAAAUGUUUUUUUUUUUCAACUGUUCAUAGUUUAAUAUAAUCCUAUAUAAUUUUAAUUUCGUUUGAUUUUUUUUUGGCUUUCUUGCAGCACUAGGUCUUAAAGGAUUACAACCCAAAAUGGUAUCAUAUUUCCCCUGCAGAGUGCACUACUUUUGACCAGGACCCAUAUGGCUCUGGCCAAAAGUAGUGCACUUUGUAGGUGCAUAGGAUACGAUUUCGGACGUAGCCCAAAGACUAUAGUUUCUCUUGCUCAGUGAUCGGGGUUUCAAGCUUGUACAGUGAUAAUAUUAAAAAGCAUUUUUUUUCAAACGGAUUGUAAAUAACAGUAAUGCUUCUUCUCUCGUAACUUCACACGGAAUACAUCCAUCUUUCAACGAAAUAAAGAUGAUUGAAAGUGCA